AUGUUGACAUCACCACAUUUCACAGAGGAACAUCACGAGGGACGUGAUGGUGAAGAGCAGCAGCCGCGGGAACGGGAAACACCAUUGACAGCCAUCACUCCACAGAAUCACCACUAUCCACACGAAGAGGAUCAACAACAAGAACAGGAAGAACAUCAAGAAGAACAGGAAGAACAUCAAGAAAAAGAGGAAGAACAUCAAGAGCCACAACAGGGAGAUGGAGAGAGAGAAGGAGAGGAAGCGGAAGAAGAAAAUGAAUGGACUCGCAACGGUGGGCGCCAACGUCUUGACAGCAGACCAGCAUUACCACGGGGAGGGUCCACAACGCAGGAUGUCUCCGCACCACUUCGCUUGAGAGUAACGAAGAACUCCAUUGGGUCAUCCUCAGCGAGAGGAGAAAUACAUGCAGCCAGUAAUGCGUUGCAGGAGAAUAGACCAGGGAGAAAAUCACUCUCAUCACGCAGAUCAUCACCUCAUGUAGCUACAAUGACACAUCCACAGAGUGAGAGGAAAGUUGGUGUUUACGCAAAACUGGUGCGGGACGCUGCGAGAAAACUUGCCGCACGCUCACCUAGCAGACACACAGGGUCUGCUAGUUGUAAGUCUCCAUCCGGAAGUUUGGAAUUGGGGAGAUCUGGCCAGCGGAGUGUUGGAACCGCAACGGCUGCUUCCACUGUUACUAUCUUUGCCACUGCGGUGGCUGCCGCUCCAGCAUCCACGUCUAGGGCGACCAGUGUAUCCCCGGAGCGAUCACAUGUGGGUAUGGGUUUAACAGCGGGCUACAACCACGAAGAGGGGGGAGAGGUGAUGUCCACACAUAUUCCAAUCACAUACAGACAGGAAGGCCUCUGCCCUCCCAGUGCGAGACGUGUUGUACAGCAGACAGAACCUAUUCAACGCACCAGAGAACAAAACACGAGUUCUACUUCUGUUUCUGCUGGUAAUGUGGGAGGAGUGAGUAAGAGACAUUCUCUUUGCCGUUCUAAACGUUUACUGGCUCCGGAUGAUAUUCUUUGGAGACGUGAACGACGACACCGGCGUUCACUCUCCGGUGAGUUGGGAUAUUCCACCGUGAAGAUGCUGCAGUUAAUAGUGACGGAGGUGCCUGAACUUCCUGCGGUGUUGGAAGUGGCGCUGGCGGAUCAUUUCCUCGCGGCACUAAUGAGAUGCGGAACGGCGGAAGUGGAACGUGUUGUGAAUGUCCUUGCACCAAGUGAUGCCCAAGAGUUAUCGCGACAACUGCGGCAAAUGUAUGGAGAGAGCCGACGCCUUGGACACACUUCGUCUACAGUCCAACGGCGGGCAUCGCGGGGAAAAGAGGAUCCACGCUCUGAAUGGCUUGCCACUCACCGUCGACAUUUAACUAGUACGAUGCGUGGUAUUGCGCAGUGUAAUGUUGGUAAAACAGAUGGGGUAAAUGGGGCAAAUAGAACUAAUCCCAGCGCGAAACGUCUGCGAAAUUUUAUUCGAAUCUUUACAAAAGAAGUAUGUGGGGUCUUUAUGGAUGAGUGCUGUGCGCUCUGCGCCACCCGUCGGGAUAUUAUUCGGGCAGAACAGCCACGUGAAGUGAGGGCACGUGGUACGGCUGUCCCAGAUGAGGUUCUUGAUCCAUUCUACACACAAGUUCUCUCACGUUUGCUAUUCUCUAUACUUGGAUGGACAGAUAAGGAAUCAGCGCGGGUUAUGUCGGCAUUACUACAGCAGGUGAAACGGCAGUUACCCCCGUAUGGACGAAUUAAUUUAUCCACACAGGCAUGA